AUGGGCCCCAACAUAGCCGCCUCAGCUUGGAGAUGGAGGGUCGGCUGUCCGUUUGGUGUUCAAGUUCUCAUCCUCACGCAGUACCUGCUUGGUACCGCCGUGCUCAGGCUACAGCGGGCUGGCUCCAUCGAAUAUACUCGUUCAUAUCCACUAUUCCCAGCUUACUCCCUUGUCAUUGCAGUAGCUGAGCCUCAAGGGUCAGAAGGCGUGAGCGGUAGACACACGGCUGGCGUGCUCAUAGGACUAGAGGAUCUGCACGCUGAGUUCAUCACGGCUUUGGUGCCAUCGUGGAAUCUGCGAAAGUUCCGACUUAUAAUCAUGAAUGUGAAUGAUUUCCAAGGUCUGUUCAAGAGCACGAUCGAGUUUUUCGUUGGGAGACAACCGGAAAAGUCGGCGCAGCCCGUGUCAUUGAGAUCACAAAAACAAGCAGCCUGGGUACGCGCGGAUGCAUUUCUGCAGAGCGCCGCCGAUGAUUUCGACGAGCCUGAGCCUGAGCCCGAGGACAUUGAAAGAGCGCUGCGCGUAUUUGAACAGUAUGUUCAAUAUAACCCAGAUGGGAAAUCGGAUUCUCUUACGGAGCAGGGUUUACGCCGCGAUGUGCCGUAUCCCAAGCUUCAGGCGAUGCGCGACAUGAUGGAGCAGCGGAGUCACGGUGCGAUGUCCAACCCAGGCGGCCCUACCAUUCAUGUCAGUAAGCGGAAACGAGAAAGCGAGGCCGUCAUCGAGGAAUUUUCGCACAUGGACCGAAGGGCAAAGAUGCGCCGAGUUCUGCCUACUCGCGAAGAGCCAAACGCCAUCGACCGUUUCGAAAAAGAUGUCGAUGCCGACUUCGCCGUGCGCAUGAGGAGGCAUCUCAUGUCUUUGGAUAAUGCGCUACGGCAACACUGGGUGUGCGUUUGCCAGAGGUGCUCAGGGUUGAGCGUGAGGCUUUCGCUGCCACAGCAGAACAAGGAUUUCAAUGUUGAGACGAGCUUCGAGGUGUUCUUUGGUGUGCGGGCUCCGGGCGAAACUGCAUUGCAAGAAGCCAAGAUAACGAUCAAAGACGUACACAACAGCAGGAUGAGAAGCGCGUCUGAGCCCGCGGUUAGCACCACGACCGAUUUUGUUCACAUAUGCCAAAGCAUUACAGAGUCCCUCGGUCAGCAAAACUGCUUGCACUUGGCUCUUGAGGGUGGGAUAUUUCAGAGGCUUCGUCCGCAGCCAAAGACCUUUGGCGGCGAUCAAAUGUCUCGAACAGUAUCCCUGUCGGCUCUUUUCAAGCGUCAACAAGAGCUACGUGGUAAAUCCACGUCUUCACCUUCACUGCCAUUCAAGGGGAAGCGAAUCUUGGCUGUCACACUAGCUGCUGCGCUGCUCCCGUUCUUGGAGACGCCAUGGAUACAGCCUUCCUUCAACCACUCAAAUAUCCUCUUCUUCGAUCCACUGGAGGAUGGAGAGCUGCCCGACAUCACGAAGCCGUUUCUGACCAUGGAACACAUUCCAAUCAUGUCAGCCGGCAGGACAGGCAAUGGAGUCAGUUCUGACAACUCUAAACACAUGAUUCAUCCCAAUGCUAGUGUGCUAGCGCUAGGCAUACUCUUGUGCGAGCUUCACUUUUGCACAACUAUAGAGUCGAUGCAAGAUGGCUCGAAAGGGCCCAGGAGCAUCAACACCGAUUACUAUACCAGCCUUAACUGGCUCAAGACUCUAGAGGGUGACGCUACUAACGAUUACUUUCUCGCUACGAAAGCAUGUCUGCAGUGGGAGUACUUGCCCCCGGGACAGCAGGCUGACUUUGAUUCUGCCGACGUUCAGCGGCUCUUCUAUCAAAACGUCAUCAAACGACUCGAGGCGGAGAUAUUCACAUCAUGGGGUCUUCGAUUGGAGGACUUGGGCUCGCUUGAUCCUCGACAGAAUGAGCUCUGCUGGGGUUCCUUUGGCCAAGAAGUUGUCCGCCAUGAGACAGCCAAGGUCGAAAUCUCUGAUGCUGGCAACGGAGCACGGGCAGUCCCGUAUCGUUCCAUGUCCGACGCCGCACCCGCGACUUACACGACUCUCGGCUCAGAUCCAGCGCUACGAGUGUCGGGACCGCCACAACUCCGCGCAAGCCUCGUCGAGAAGAGUCUGUACUUUUUUGACGCAAGCCACCAGACGGGCGGUGGACAAGAGAGUCCGCUUUCGCAACAAUGGAUGGACAACCUUCUAGCCUCGAUUUAUCACCAUGUUGAUCCUUUCGAGGCUUUUGAGCCUGGUACCAGAACGUUCGAACCCGUGCGAAUAGCCAUCUUGGAUUCUGGAUUCGACCCUGAAAACCCACUUGUAAGAACUGACGACCAGCAACUCGAUCCACGAAUCAGGGCUUGGCAAAGUUUCGUAAGCCAAACAGCUACAGAUGCAGUUCGAGACGAGAUCGGGCACGGCACUCAUGCUCUCGGACUCUUACUCAAAGUUGCCACAUGCGCCGAGAUCUACGUCGCCAGAAUUGCAGGUCGCGAAACUCUAGAUCGUGGCACUUACGAUGACAUUGCAAAUGCCAUUGAUCACGCGGUUACUAAGUGGAAUGUGGAUAUUAUAUCAAUGUCAUUCGGGAUUCGGGAAUAUAACAAGCCUAUGCAAGUGGCCAUAUCCAAGGCACUACACAACCAGACAUUGCUCUUCGCCGCGGCAUCCAAUGAUGGAGCAAAUCUUGGGAGAGCUUUUCCGGCUAAAUAUCCCAGCGUCUUUUGCAUUCACUCAACGGAUGGAAAUGGCAAUCCCUCCACGUUCAAUCCGACCGCAGACGACAAAGACGUCAACUUCAGCUUACUCGGAGAGAAUGUCUCUUCUCACUGGCCAAUGGGCAAGAAUGGCCAUUUUGAACAUGUCAAUGUCAUGUCGGGCACAUCAGUCGCGACACCGAUUGCCGCUGGACUGGCUGCAGCGAUCCUAACUUUUGUCCGGCAGCAGGAACAGCACAUGGCCCCGGGAAAUGACUUGCUAGGACCGUGGCUGAAGGACGUCCAUUCGAUGGAUGAGGUUCUGAAGAGUAUGGUUAAGCAGAGGAGGGGGCAAGGUUAUGACUACAUCACGCCUCAUUCGCUCUUUGAUAGGAAGUCGACGAGGGAGCAGGUUUAUAACAAGAUUAAAGAUAUCAGAAAACACUUGUAUGAUUAG